AUGUCAUCUAUAUAUUCUGGUCAUUUAAAACAUGAUCGAUUACAAUCGAAUUGUUCAUUUACAAUGAAUAAACUUCAUUCAAAUUAUAAUUUAAAAGAUGAAAGUAAAAUGAAUAGAGAAAGGAAGAUUAUUUUAAAUUUACCUAAAAAAUUAUUUGAAAUGAUGAUGGGACGAAGGGAUGAUACAAGAAUUUUUGAAGAUCAUUCUCAUAUUAAUGAUAAAACAGAAACAAUUAAUGAUCCCUAUUACCAGUCUGAACAAAUUCUUCUUGGACAUAGUUUAAGUUGGCAUCGUGAUAAUCCACCAUGGAGUCGAAAUAGUUCAUCGAAUUCUACUAAUAUUUUGGUCGCUAAAUUAUGGAUUCCAGAAAAACUUGAAUGUAUAAAGGCUAUUUAA